AUGGACUAUGAUGAGGUUACCCCGGAAUCUGCAACAGAGAUGCUAAUAGCAUCAAUAAAUAGUUGCAUUCAUCAAAACUACUUCUCGUUCUAUUGCACACUCGCCUCUCUCAACGGAUAUACCAGCGUUUUGCGAAUUCUUCCUACCCCUCAGCAAAUAAGUACAGCUGACCCAUACCAACAAAUCAAAGUCAUUGAAGACGUUCUCGAACGCAGACGCGAACAUGCACCCGGAUUUCUCAUUCCUCGCUACCUAAGACUUCGCCUGAAGCGCACAAAACAUUUUCUUGAAUCUAAAUGCUACUUUCUAGAAGACCUCGACGAAAUCAGACAAGAAUACCAGCAAGAGCAACUUGAGGCCAGACUCGCAGACCUUGAAGAGGCUCAAGAAGAAGAAGAAGAAGAGCAAAAUGAGACUGACCAGGAGACAGAACGACUGGCGCGUGCACAUACACCAGCUUCCGUGCCGCUUGAUAUUCAAGAUUUUUACGAAAUGAACCGGCUCAAACCUUCUCCCUCGUCACGCACAUCGUCACCCAUCCUCGCUCUCAAAAACUUUAUCCAAAGCGACUCUCUACCUGUUUCUCCUAUUUCUUCCCCUCCACCAAUGUGGACUACUUCUUCCAUAAACAACGACUGGUCAAAAAGCAGCUUAAUCGAAGAAGAUCAAGACUAUGCCAGCAAAACAAAUAACAAUACCCCGCUAAUAGCACAAGAACAAGAACAAAAACAUUCUUCAGACUCACUCAAAAUGCCCAUCGAAAGUACACCCACCUCUUCGCCGGAUCCAAGCGAACAGCAGCAAUCAGUCCCAUCAACAUCAAAUACAAGCAACACUCUGGCAGAACCUGUUCAAGACUUACCCAAAGCUUUCAACUCCAAAGACAGACAAUCCUUCCGUCUUGCUCAUGUCCCCAUGCCUCCCACUUACUUCCAACCCAUCUUUGUUUACGAAUCUAUUGUUCUAGAAUCCGUCAUUCAUGCCAUUCGAUUCUUUAAGUCAGCCUCUUUUAGCAACCUUGGUGAAAUAACUGACCGCGUAUGGACUGAGGCUUUCAAGACUUGGGAACGCAUCCGAGUCAUUACAAACAAUGAAGUUGGUGACAUGCAAACCCUUAAAGAUUGGUACCAUCAUAAACUACAUGUCUUUCGCAUCAUUCACUACGGACAAACUGUUCCCGGCUGGACCUGGGUCCCUGAAGAUUACUGUUUAAAAGCCACAGAGGAACAAAUUAACAAGUUUGCGAAAAAGAAGAUAUAUCGACGUCAAGCGUUUCAAGCGUUCCCCCUUGGCCCGCGCUUCGAAGAACUUGCUGCCCUUUUCCCAAGCAACUCAAAAUAUAACCCUCUGGCUUACACCCGCAAAUACUACUCUACCGAAGGAGGUUCCCUAGAAAACAACACAAAAACCUCAACCACCGUCACCAUGCUUUCCAAGCCCUACUUUAGUCUUAGAAACAGAAACAAACUCGCCACUAUAUCUGAACCAUCCACAGAACCUCCGUCGGAACCAAGUGCGGCUGACCUUGCCUUGGUCAAGUCAGUAUCACAAAUUAGCUCUGAACUUCCAGAUACUAUUACUGCUCAGGCCAAAAAUUCAGACUCCGAAACUGACCAUCACGAACUAAAAUCCAAAUGUUCACUUGACUACUACGGCAUAGAAAUCAGUGACGGAGAACAACAAGCGAUUCAGUCUGACGUCGAGGAUGAGGAUGGGGACGAGGCUGACGAUGAAGACGAAGGCGACGAUUUUAACGACGAAGAAGAUGUAUACUCUGAACCAGAGUCCAUCAAACCUGCACCAUAUUCCAACUUGCCCCAACCGGAAAGCAAGCCCACAGGCCCCAUUCUCAAUACUAAUCUGAUAGGCACUCGUAACUCAUCGGUAUCUUCCCCCACAGCUACUACAGGUUCGGCAACUGCCCACUCGCAAUCAGGCAUAAACUAUACGAUGUCUAAACCUAGAACCAACAGCACCAACUCUACAAUUUCCUCUGUCUCGUGCCACAACUCCAACUCAACAAGAAACUCAGUUACUACUGCAGAAUCUGCACAAACGUGUGUGAGCGAUGUGUCGAUUCCAGAAGACCCACUUGCAGAGCAUGAGGCUGAGCAGUCACAUCAACAACAACAGCGACAGUUGCAGCGACAACAACAGCAACAACAACAGCAACAACAGCAGCGACUACAACAGCAGCAACAGCAGCAGCAACUUAGUGUGCCCAUGGCUAAAGGACCAGCUGAGCGUGACGACACCAUCAUUCCAGUGGUUAAUCAGCCAGAUGAGCUCUCGGAUGAGGCUGAAAACGAACCACAUUCUACGCGUCGCCCGUCACUGGCAGCCCUCAACGUCAUGGGCCGGUCCUUCCCUAACAAAAAGACAGGCAAACACAGCAGCGGGCUUGGUGCGAGCAAUAGCAACUAUCUCAAGUAUCCUUACAUGUCUGCGCUGAGCUUUUUUGACGAUGUGGUGCGUGAUCACGGAAAUGCGACUGAGUUUGAGCUCGAUGCCAUUCAUCAAUACAUUAUCAAGUCACCGCACAUUAUGCUUAUAAUAUUUGAUUCAUACCGUGACAUUAACGCGCUACUACUAGUCGCACAGACCAUUCUGCGACUUGAGCAAACACAAAUGCGGCCGGCCUCUCGGGCAAAGUCGCGGCAAAGUAGUAUCUUUAGCGAGGAGACAAAUCAUACCAAUCAUACCAACCAUACCAACCAUACCAAUCACACCAACCAUUCGACCAACGGUGGCAGCGGCACUAACUUGGCGGGCGGAAACAAUAGCCAGUAUGAUUCUUUUCCAAGAGAAGGAGGAGGAGGAGGAGGAGGAGGAGACUAUAGCGGGGACCGCAGUGAAGGACACGGGAAUCAGGGCUCUAGUUCGCGAGUACCUCGCAGAGGCUCUGGACCGGCGUCUAAUACAGGAAUUCCAUUAAAUGGUGCAAUCACGGCGGUUGUUGCAAAUGGCGGCGCUUCUACAACUACAGCUACUACGGCGGCAAUCACCAAUCUUGGCGGCAAACCCAAGAGAAAUGGGCUAUUUAUUGUAACUGGAGAGAACAAGGAUGUCCAGGACGACGAGAUUCGGUUGCUUAAUGGAAGCAGUUUGAACUCUGGGCUGGAUAUGGACGACCCGCUUUUUAGUGAUGAGGGUGGUGCAGAGGUCUUCAACAAAAAUAGAAGCACCAGCAAUAACCAUUUUCUCACCAGUAAAGACUUGAGCGGGGGUCGAAUUUCACCCGCAUCCUUUACCCACUCUUCAGUCCCAUUUACAAGCCCCAUAUUGUCGAUUGAUCUGCCGGCGCACCAUACGCCUCUGUUGCCACACCAAUUUUAUGAUGGAAUGAGCUACAGUGCAUCGUCUCUUCCACGCAGCGUUUCGCCGAUCGACGGGUUACCUGAUGCUCCGGGCGCGAGGUUAGUGGGGUCCUUUUACAGCACGACUUCUGCGGCAAACCCUGGAUCAUAUGGACCAGGAGCAAGUAGCAGUGUAAGUUUGGGGAGCACUGGUGGUGGAGCUGAUGAAACUCAGUGGUAUCCUUUAACCCCGGACUUGUCAUGA